CUAAACUAUAGACUAACAUGUUUCCAAAUAAAAUAAAAAACACAUUAUUGUCACUGUUUAGUCACAAUAUACAUAGUUUAUCAUAGCCUGUAGGAUUCUGAAUAUUUACAAAGAUACAUAAUUUCCUCCAAACAACUAAAAAGUGCUUUUGUUUUACUGUUUUAGUGCAAUGGAUAAGACCUUUGUUCCUGAUGUCAAGGUCAGGCUUGAAAAGGGUGCCCCCCAUCCGCCUCAGAGCCCCCACAGCAGGGGGCAGUGGUCUAGUAAAAUUGAGUUCCUCCUGGCUGUAGCAGGGCAGAUCAUUGGCCUUGGGAACGUAUGGAGGUUUCCCUAUCUGUGCUACAAGAAUGGAGGAGGAGUCUUCUUUAUCCCAUAUGUGGUGUUCCUCUUCACUUGUGGGAUUCCUCUGUUCCUCCUGGAAACUUCAAUGGGACAGUACACCAAGCAGGGCAGCAUCACUGCCUGGAAAAAGAUCUGUCCCUUAUUUCACGGGAUUGGCUAUGGUAGCCAGGUGGUUGUUUUGUACUCAAGCAUCUAUUACAUUAUUAUUUUGGCCUGGGCAUUCCUGUAUCUCUUCUCAUCUUUCAGCACUGAACUUCCCUGGGCUAGCUGCAGAAACAGCUGGAACACAGAAACGUGUGUGGAAUUUGAUCGAUUGGGUGAUUUAAAUUUGACCAUAGCAGCAAAUGCAACAUCACCUGUGCGAGAAUUUUGGGAGAGAAGAGUUUUGGACUUGUCGGGAAGUGUCCAUGAGCUGGGGGGGGUCCGAUGGGAGCUGGCUUUGUGUCUUCUGCUUUCAUGGGUCAUAUGCUACUUUUGUGUCUGGCAGGGUGUGAAGUCCACUGGGAAGGUGGUCUACUUCACUGCCACAUUCCCCUAUUUGAUGUUAGCAGUACUUUUGGUGCGGGGUCUGACGCUGCCAGGAGCCUUAAAUGGUAUCAAGUUUUAUCUGUACCCAGACCCAUCCCGCCUCAGUGACCCUCAGGUGUGGAUGGAUGCUGGUACUCAAAUUUUCUAUUCCUACGCAAUCUGCAUUGGGUGUUUAAUGGCUCUCGGCAGUUACAAUAAGUACAAUAACAACUGUUACAAAGACUGUGUGUACUUGUGCCUUCUAAACAGUGGGACUAGUUUUGUGGCCGGGUUUGCCAUUUUCUCAGCUUUAGGCUUCAUGGCAUAUGAGCAGAAUACAGACAUAUCAAAAGUGGCUGAAUCAGGUCCUGGUUUGGCGUUUAUUGCUUAUCCUCGAGCAGUUGCCAUGAUGCCUUUCCCUCAGAUCUGGGCCAUUUUCUUCUUUAUUAUGAUUAUCUUACUGGGACUUGACAGUGAGUUUGUGGGACUGGAAGCCUUGGUGACAGCCAUUUCAGACCUGUAUCCCUCCUACUUCCAUGUCGGGCAUCGGCGCAAGUUCCUCCUUCUGUCCAUUUGUGUGAUUAGCUUCUUUAUCGGCCUGGUCAUGGUCACAGAGGGGGGACUCUACAUUUUUCAGUUGUUCGACUAUUACGCUUGCAGCGGCAUGACUUUGCUGCUCUUCGCCUCCCUCCAGUCUAUCUGCAUUGGAUGGGUCUAUGGUGCUGACCGUUUUUAUGAUAAUAUUGAGGACAUGAUUGGAUACAGGCCUCUUCCAUUCAUAAAGUAUUGUCUUAAGUUUGUCACACCAGUCAUCUGUUUGGGAACAUUUGUAUUUUCUCUGGUCAAAUACACUCCUCUGAAGUUCAACAACAUUAUGGAGUAUCCAUGGUGGGGCUACGCUCUGGGCUGGUGGUUCACUCUCUCCUCUACUCUCCUGGUCCCCAUCUUGAUGGUCUACAUGUUGAGCAUCACUCCAGGAACACUACAAGAGAGAUUCUCCACCCUGUGCACACGAUCACAUGACCUUCCUUUGACGAAGCCGGAGAGGAAAGCCCUGGAGCUGCAGGAGCUUGGCUCGUGCAUUGAUAGAACAGUGAUGACUUGAAGGCACAGUCUAGUUUGUGCAGUCUAGUUUGUGCACUUUCUUAGGUUUUAAAUGUAAAUGUGCCAUAACACUAAAUUUGAUCAUAAAACAUUCCUUCCUCAUAGGCUACAGUAUGGACUGUACAGCUUUCAGUGUUGAAUAUGAUCAAAUUUAUACAAUUUAAUAUUUUCUUUUAUUACAGUUUACACAAAGAGCUGUGAGCAGUAUCACUUAAAUAAGAUGUCUCCUCUUUCCUGCCAAAGGCCAUGAGGACCAAAAUGUAAUUGGGGGUGUCAAAUGUCUUGUGCCAAGGUCAAAUGACUCUUUUAUUUAGUCUUUACCUUAAGACUCAAAAACUGUGAAACUCCAUGUGUACUCCUCAAAACUCUAGCCUCACUACGACACAGCACAGCUGAGAUUAAAGCUAACUACAAAAACACAAUAGGUACUUUGUAUAUUGUGCAAUUAAUUAUUUAAAUUAAGAAUCCAUAUAUAUAUAGUUCUAUAACUGCACACUCAUCACAUCUGGUGUUUCUAGCAAGUAAGUAAAACCAGCAUUAAUGAUGUAAUUAAAUCUAAGUAAGAUUUCAUGAUAUAUAAUGUAAUAUAAGUGUAUUUAUGCUGUGACCUCUCAAUGAUUUUAUAUAACAGGAUUAUCAAACUAAUGGUAAGUAAUUUUGUGACUGUCAAUGUGUUUGAUGUUUAAUAAAAUAUGGAUGCUGUGACUUUUUUACAAAGCAA